GUCCUUGGGGGCCACGAGGGCCCGGUCAGCUGUCUGUGCUUCAGUCCGGUCCACUCCAUCCUGGCCAGUGUCUCCUGGGACCGCACUGUCCGGCUGUGGGACAUGUUGAACAGCUGGCAGGUCAAAGAGACACUACCCCUCACCUCUGAUGGUUUGGCAGUGACGUACCGCCCUGACGGUCAGGAGCUGGCUGUAGCCACUCUGAACGGGGAGGUUUCUUUCUGGAACCCACAAACGGCGACACAAACCGGCUCCGUGUCCGGACGCCACGACCUGGAGACGGGCCGCAAAGAGACUGAUAAAAUCACAGCCAAGCAGUCCGCUAAGGGGAAGUCCUUCACGUCGCUGUGCUACUCUGCGGACGGGGAGUCGGUUUUGGCGGGAGGACAGUCCAAGUUUGUCUGCAUCUACAACGUGAAGGAGCAGAUGCUCAUGAAGAAGUUUGAGAUCUCCUGCAACCUCUCCUUCGAUGCCAUGGAGGAGUUCCUGGACAGGCGGAAGAUGACGGAGUUCGGCAGCCUGGCUCUGGUGGACGAGGGAGCUGGAGACGGGGAGGGGGUCAACAUCAGCCUGCCUGGAGUCAGGAAAGGGGAUAUGAGUUCUCGACACUUCAAGCCUGAGAUCAGAGUGAGCUCGCUGCGGUUCUCUCCUACUGGUCGUAGCUGGGCGGCCACCACCACCGAGGGUCUGCUGGUCUACUCUCUCGACGGCUCUCUGGUCUUUGACCCCUACGACCUUGAUAUGGACGUGACGCCGGCCAGCAUCCGUAAGCAGCUGCGGCUCCAGGAGUGGGCGCCGGCCAUCGUGCUGGCGUUCAGACUCAACGAAAAAGCCCUGAAGCAGGAAGUGCUGGAAAAAGUGCCACAUGAGCAGAUCCCAGUGGUUUGCAGCUCUCUUCCUGAGAUCUACGUGGAGAAGCUUCUGGGCUUCGUGGCGGCGAGUUUGGAGAAGUCGGGUCACCUGCAGUUCUACAUGACCUGGGCCCAGAGCCUGCUCAUGCUGCACGGACAGAAUCUGAAGAACAGGUCGGGAGCCAUACUGCCCACGCUGCAGGCGCUGCAGAAAAGCAUCCAGAGACACUUUGACAAUCUGUCCAAACUGUGUGACUUUAACAUGUAUAACAUUCGCUACGCCGUGGCCCUGUCGAAGCAGAGGGGCGUGAAGAGGACCGCUAAGGAGGAGGAGGAAGAAGAAGAGGAGGAAGAUGAAGAGAUGUCCGAGAACAUGAGCGUGGCCUCCAUCGAGGAGGCAGAGUUGAUGCUGUAGAUCUAAAGCCAGGACACAUCAUUCCAACAACAUGGCUGACAUCACUGCAAAGAGCAACAUAUUAUUGGACUGUAAAAGCAAACGGAUGUUGUCUACUUCAGAAAACAUGAUUGUCAACUGUUUUUUUUUAUUAAAUGCAUUUUAAUGUCUUUGAAAAAUAA